UCCCGGCCCGUCAAUACAGAUUACAUAUUUAUAUCAAUCGCGGGCUCGGAGGGCGCCCUCGGAGAGCGGCCCCGCGCCUACGAAACCAAACUGGGAGUGGUCGCGCGGAAACUCUGGCUCAGGAUUGGCUGCGGGCGCCCGCCGCGGUGCGGGGGGAUUGCUAAUCGUAUUCAGCAUGUUUUGCACAAGAAAUGUCAGCCAGAAAGGGCUAUCUGCUGCCUUCGCCAAAUUAUCCCACAACAAUGUCAUGCUCGGAGAGCCCCGCCGCGAACUCUUUUUUGGUCGACUCGCUCAUCAGCUCGGGCAGAGGCGAGGCGGGCGGCGGCGGCGGCGGCAGCGGCGCGGGGGGCGGUGGCGGUGGCUACUACGCCCAUGGCGGGGUCUACCUGCCGCCCGCCACCGACCUGCCCUACGGGCUGCAGAGCUGCGGGCUCUUCCCCACGCUGGGCGGCAAGCGCAAUGAGGCGGCGUCGCCGGGCGGCGGCGGCGGUAGCGGGGGCCUGGGUCCCGGGGCGCACGGCUACGCUCCCGCGCCCAUAGACCUGUGGCUGGACGCGCCGCGCUCCUGCCGGAUGGAGCCGCCCGAGGGGCCGCCGCCGCCGCCGCCGCCCCAGCAGCAGCAGCAGCAGCCCCAGCCGCAGCCGCCGCCCCCGCCGCAACCACCCCAGCCCCCGCCACAGGCCACUUCGUGCUCUUUCGCGCAGAACAUCAAAGAAGAGAGCUCCUACUGCCUCUACGACUCGGCGGACAAAUGCCCCAAAGGCUCGGCCGCCGCCGCCGAGCUGGCCCCUUUCCCGCGGGGCCCGCCGCCCGACGGCUGCGCCCUGGGCGCCUCCAGCGGGGUGCCAGUGCCCGGCUACUUCCGCCUUUCGCAGGCCUACGGCACGGCCAAGGGCUACGGCGGCGGCGGCGGCGGCGGCGCGCAGCAGCUCGGCGCCAGCCCUUUCCCCGCGCAGCCCCCGGGGCGCGGCUUCGACCCGCCGCCCGCACUCGCCUCCGGCUCGGCCGAUGUGGCCCGGAAGGAGCGAGCCCUCGAUUCGCCGCCGCCGCCCACGCUGGCUUGCGGAGGCGGCGGCGGCGGGGGCUCGCAGGGGGACGAGGAGGCUCACGCGUCGUCCUCGGCCGCGGAGGAGCUCUCCCCGGCCCCUUCCGAGAGCAGCAAAGCUUCGCCGGAGAAGGACUCCCUGGGCAACUCCAAAGGCGAAAACGCAGCCAACUGGCUCACGGCGAAGAGCGGCCGGAAGAAGCGCUGCCCCUACACCAAGCACCAGACGCUGGAGCUGGAGAAGGAGUUCCUGUUCAACAUGUACCUUACUCGGGAGCGGCGACUAGAAAUCAGCCGCAGCGUCCAUCUCACGGACAGACAAGUGAAAAUCUGGUUUCAGAACCGCAGGAUGAAACUGAAGAAAAUGAACCGGGAGAACCGGAUCCGGGAGCUCACAGCCAACUUUAAUUUUUCCUGAUGAAGCUCCAGGCCAGGCCACUUCGUCCCGCGUCCGGAGCGCCGGUGCCCGCCCUCUGCCUGCAGCCUCUGCCAGGAACUCGCACCUGUGCCGGAGCCCCACGCCUCCCUCCCGCACCCGCCAUCUCCCGGGCAGUUGCGUCUGUGCAGGGCUGGUUUGUUCUUUCUGUUUCUUUGUCUAUUUGCUUGGUGCCGGUUUACUUGUUUUCUGGGGGAAAAAGCCAUAUCGUGCUAGGAUUCUAUAGAGACAGACGUUGUCCUAGGUGGCAAGUCCCAUGUGGGCCGGCCGGGCAGUCUGGGGUCCUCUCUGCAGAGCCGGUUUCCUGCUGGAAGGCCGAUGUCCCAUUGUCGGCGUUGAGCUGUCUGGCCUGAGUUCCACGUGCAAGGAGCCAGAGCUGGGCACGAGUGCCUGGAGCGCUGGGCUGGGCUGUGCCGAGCAGAGCAGGCAGGCCUCUAGGUGUCUUUUUUUUUUUCCCCCCUUUCUUCCUUGGCCUAGAGAAGGGCUCACAGGCAUGGGCGUGUAGGCAAAAGGGCUUGACUUUGAUGGCAAAAGCAAGAGUCAGAUUAAUUUUUCCUUUCUCUGUAAGAUAUACCAGCUUUAAAAGAAAAACAAAACAAAACAAAAGACCAAGAGAAGGGAACUUCUCUUCCAGUAUGUGCGAGGUCUCACCUUGCCUGACCAAAAUGUUUGAGUUUACCUCUGAAUUUCCAUAUCAUGGCUAUUGGUGAUGUCGUUUGUAUUUGUCUGGAAUUCGUGGAUUUUUUUUUAUCAUUUAAAUCGUUACCACUGGUAACACUAGACAAGCACACCCGUUCUCCCUAUCUUGUGGAGUUUUUUUUUUUUUUUUUAAUUCACCUUUUUUUUCCUCCCCCCUUUGGCUUUCUCAAUUUCAUGGAAGCCUAGGAGGGCUGGGGCAAGCAGAAGAAACUAGAGAAGGGAGAGAGUCUUUGGAUUUCCUUUAUACUGUGAAGUUACAUGCAUAAAAGGGUCAAACCUGUAGGUGCAGAAAAAGAAAAAAGCUAUAAAUACAAAUCUGUAUAAAUGUUUAUUAUUAAGAAAAGUUGCCAAUCUUGUUUUAAGCAAAUGCAUUCUAUUGUUAUUAUAAAUGUUAGUUCUAGCUCUAUUUACUUCUAAUCUUAAAUCAGAAUAAAUUAAUAUUGUAUUGCUGCUGUGCGUGGAAAAAAAGACGAUGUUUAUGUUCUUAUAGAAUAAAAGCU